UAUACAUAGUUUAUUGAGCCCUGCCCACGACAAGUUUCCCGAGAAUUGCAAUCGAUAAAAACCAGUCAGUGCAUUUCAUUUGCAUUGUUUAAUAAGCUUAUUGCAAAAAAAAAUAAAAGCAUUUUUGAGCAGUGAGUGCUCAUUGGUGUCCGCUAAGGGUCGCACAACACAAUGUCUAGCAGUCUGAAAAUGGGCAAAGCCAUUGAAGACUGUUAUGUCAUUGCCAAGUAUGAUUAUGUUGCCCAAGGAUCACAAGAACUGAGUUUAAGGAAGAAUGACAAACUUCUUUUGCUUGAUGACUCAAAACAUUGGUGGAAAGUUCAGAACUCUCAACACCAGUGGGGAUAUGUCCCUAGCAAUUAUGUAAAAAAGGAGAAACCAUCUAUAUUCGACUCAAUCAAGAAAAGAGUGAAAAAGGGCAAUAGCAUCAACAAAUCAUCCACUAGUCCUGGUGGCUCUCCAGUCAGAGAGGUUGACUCUCCAGGAGUUAUCAAGCGCCCUCCUCCUGAUACAUCACAUUAUCCAGCCCAUGAUCUCAAUGCAGGACCUCACCAAGGUUGGGCCCUUGUCCGUUAUAAUUACACUGCCCAGCAAACAGAUGAAUUGUCUCUGGUCAAAGGAACAAAGGUGCUUGUGCUAGAGAAAAGCAGUGAUGGUUGGUGGAAAGGUCAAUACCAAAAUCAGAUUGGAUGGUUUCCAUCAAAUUACACUCUGCCAGAAUCUUUACAACAACAGCAACCAAUGGCUAACAUGACAGCUAGUGUUGCACCGCCAGCUGCAUCCGCCAUGGUUAUGUCAGCGGGAGAACAUAUGUACUCGGCAGCAGAAAACGUUUUGGAUGUGGUAGUUGCUCUUUACAGUUUCGCUGCACAAAAUAAUGAGGAGUUAAGCUUUGUCAAAGGCGAGAGGCUUGAAAUCCUAGAUCGUCCACCAGCGGAUCCCGACUGGUAUCGAGCUCGGAAUACCCUUGGCUCAAUUGGCUUGAUUCCAAAGAACUACGUCCAGGAGAUUAGCGAUUUCUUGACAGAACCCUUUCGUCAACGAGCACCUGGUAACGGUGCUCCUGCGGGGCCUUCCACCGUUUCUAACUUACCCCAAACCGUGAACAAUGGAAAUAACGCAGUUGACGGUAUGGGUCGAAGUUUGGAUGCCCUCAGUUUGAAUGUACCUCCGUCUGCGUCGGCCAAUUCCAGCCAAGAUCCUUCCUUCCCUCAUAUGAAGGAAAAACACUGGUUUUAUGGAGCCAUUACCCGGUCUGAAUGCGAUAAUCUACUCAACCAGUAUGGUCAAGAUGGUGACUUCCUUGUGCGAUCUUCAGAGACCAACGUGGGUGAUUAUUCCGUCUCCCUGAAAGCACCCGGUCGCAAUAAGCAUUUCCGAGUCCACGUGGAAGGAGCAUUAUAUGUUAUUGGUCAGCGCAGGUUCCACUCCAUCGAUCAGUUGGUAGAUCACUACCAAAGAUCCCCAAUAUUUACGUCGGAUAAAGGAGAACGACUCUUCCUUAUCCGACCUUUACCCAAGCCGGCCGGCUACACACCACCUCCAUUCGCACCUCCUACUCCUGCCGCAAGAUCGAUGCAACAACAAAUCGCCUAGAGACGAUUUCAACACAAGCAGCUCUAACCAAAUUUUGUAUGGAUUCUUUUAAGAACCCACUGUGUUUGAAGGAUGCAGAAUGCGGAGGAAUCACCCCAUCUCCUUCAGUUGCUCCCUCUCCCAUAACAUCUCCUUUCACAACGAUUCAUCCACCUAAUCAUGCAGUUAUUCGGCAUUCAGCUUGCUACCAAAAGGCUCUGCAGGGUGUGCAUUUUAAAGCUCAUCCUGUGAAGUUAAUCUCUUAGUUAGCCCUGAUUAAUUGGACAAAUUUACCCCCAGUUCGUUCUCUUUUUUUUUUAAAUCUCGAUGGGGCACAAAAAUAAUUGCUUACAAAAAAAUGACAAGUGACAAAAAAUAACUGCAGAAGGGCAACUUGGUAUCUCGAUCUACAGUAUCUUCAAAAUUUUGUUUUCAUUCUUGUAGAAUUGGUCGAUCUUAGGUCGCUUUUUCGAUUCGAUUGGAAAAUGAGGGAGGGAUUAAGAGGCUAUUCGCUUUUUUUCAUUCCCAGAUUGGUCGCUCACUCGUCAUCACCAGACCUGAAUGGAUUUUUUUCUCUCUCUCUAUCUUUCUCUCUCUUUCUCACUCUAAUAUUCGUGUUGGUAUCGAGGAAUCUAGUCUCUCGCAUCCCUUGAAACCAGGCAACAAAUAAUCAUUCAGAAGCUGAGUUCCGCAAUGGAAGACAGAGGAAUUGUAUGGACAAGAGCAAAUUCUUUUGUCCCCCCACCCACCCAAAAAAGAAGAAAAAAAAGAAACAGAAAAAAAAAAUAUAUAUCUGUCAUCAUGUUCGUAAAUCCCUAUCCACAGAUUGAAUGCGUUUAUUCGUGUAACCCAUCUGUAGUAUGAUUUCACAGCCCAUUUAUGUUCCGUAUGGUGAGUGCGUGUGCGUGUGUGUGUCUGUACAGCAGUUAUCGUCUUUUUUUUUUUCAACUAAGUUUUACUUUCGACGUCGGCAUCGAAAUCAUGUCCUCUCGUUCUGUUGCUGAUUUAUUUCCUCAUUCUUCCCAACUGAUUUGUGUUUUUUUGCUUUCCUUUUCAUCCCAUCUGUAUUGUUCCUUUUUUUCUAUCCUUUUCUCUGACAUGUUUACUAGCGGAAUGUUCUAUAUGAAGAAGAAAUUUGCUCUCUCCGCUUUUGAAUUCUCUCGACCUCUUUUCACUUCCCGCCUUCGAUUAUCAAUCCCAGCACUUUUUCCCCUACUGCGUGACUCAUUUCCAUUUUAUCGGAUAUGUUUAUCAUUAACGGAUGCUUGCAAUUUGAGAAGGCUUUGAUUUUACGCUUUUACAGGAAUGCCGCUUUUCGUAAAAAAAAGGAAUUCGAAAGAAAAAAAAAAAGAAAGAAUGACACGCAACCACUUAAAACCGCCAGCGGAUUUCUGGUUGCAACGGGUCGAACGUAUCAAGUAAAGAAAUGUCUUCUUCUUUAGUUCUUUUCUUCUCACAAUAUUUCUUCAUUCUCAUAUUUGUCGUGCUAGAAUAUAUCGUUUGAGAUAC